AUGAAUUACAUUCAACGUACUCAACGCAAGUUAAGGCUUGGUGAAUGGCGACUUAUAGAGACGUUCUCUGUCUCUCAAGCAGGGGGACAGUAUCGGCCAACAAACCAUACCUACAAGAUCUCUAUCAUUGAGGACACUUCGAUAUCACCGAGUUCUUAUGAGUGUGAUGAUAACUUUCUGAGCUUCUCCAGCUUUGAAGAGAUUGGAAAUGGAACACUCAAGGCUUCUUUCCUAAUCGAUGUGGUUGGUCAAGUGAUCAGUCUUCGUGACGUCCAAAGUGUCCAGGUAUCCGGGAAAGAUAAGAAGAAAGUUGAAUUCCGCUUGCUUGACAUCAAUGGUCAAAGCAUGGCCUGUUGUUUGUGGGGCAAGUAUGCAGAACAGCUUGAAGAGCAUCUCCAAAAGUCAAAUGAUCCUAAUAUGGUGUGCUUGAUUCGAUUUGCGAAAAUUGGUUUUUACAAAGGAGAUGUGCAAGUAACCAAUGCAUUUGAUGCAUCUCUUAUCCAAUUUGAUCCUGAGUUGCCAGAAACUCUUGCUUUAAAGCUGAGGGUCUCUAAUGAUGAGUUUACUCUUGCUCUUACUGAUGCAAAGAAACAAAAGCGUCUGACAAAGGACCACACUGUUCAUUGGAAUAAUGUGGAAAUGAAAUCUAUCUCCGAAAUCAUGAUGGCAACUGUGGAGGAGGAUUGCAAGAUUAUAUGUUCAAUAGAACGUAUGGAUACAGAUUGGAGCUGGUUUUACUUUGGCCAUAACAGUUGUAAGAGCAAAGCCUUGAUAUUCAAAUCUAAGGAAGGUGGAAUUUUGUUUUCAAAUGAGAAGCCAUUGUUCUGGUGCACAUCUUGUCAUACUAAGGUCACGAGUGUAGCACCAAAGUACAAACUGCAUAUGGUUGUCAAAGAUGACACAAGUACUUGCAAACGGAUUAUGCUUGAUUCUGUUGGUAAACUCAUUGUCGGAUGUGAAGCUGAAGAACUUUGGGAUGGCUCCUAUGAUGAGAUUGAAGAUCCGACAGAUUUGCCUCAACCUAUUCAAGAUUUAGUUGGUAAAUCUCUGUGUUUUGGUAUCACUCUUGGUUCUGAAAAUGUUACAAAUGGAUCAGAUGUCUUUCUGGUUGCACAAGUUUGUUCUGGGGAUAAGAUGCUUCAGAUCGAGUCAAAUUCAGACCCCAUGACUCAUGUUAUGGAUGGUUCAUCAAUCAUGUCUGGUGGAGAGGUUUCUGUGUCGGAAAAGAACAGUCAGAAUUCAUCCGAAGGAACCUCAACCCCAUUCUCAAAGCGCAAAGAAAAAGAUGAACUUGAUUAG